AUGUCACAAAAGGCCUACUUUCCUGUAGUGACCAUUGCAGGCCUUAACGAAAAUGAACAAUCCUGCCAUCCUCCUACUGAAGGUUCGACUAGCAUCUUUAAACUUUUUGAUGGGUCAAAUUUUAGAUUCCUUGCCUCUUCUGCUACUUCGUCCUUAGACCACUUAUGUGAGCAUGAUAUGUCUUCUCAUGUUACAUUCGAAACUGACUCUUUUAGACCUGCUCAACGUACAGGCAACACCAACGAGACCAGCAAAUCAUCUGAUUGUGCUGUUGCUCUUCCGGCUACUGUAAGCGAUUAUUCAAACAUUAUAUUGACAAGGAGGAGGCAAUCAGGGCCAGUUACUAGACGCCGUCACUCAAAAAAAUCUAAGAUUGAUGAAAUUCCUAAAGAAUCUUUAUUGCUGCCUGAUGCUCCUGAUUGUCAAUAUUGUGGAGCUAAAAGAUUUCAUUUGGAACCCCCUAGCUUUUGCUGUUCCCAAGGAGAAAUUUCUAUUGUUGCUCCUGCAAUGCCUUACGCUCUAAAGCGUUUGUUUAUAGGAAAUGAUGAGGAAUGCGAGCAUUUUAGAAGAUUGCCUCGUACUUAUAACAAUAACUUGUCCUUCACCUCAUUUGCUGCAAAGUAUGACGUAGAAUUAACAAGGAAUGCAAUGGGAGUGUAUACCUUUCGUGUUCAGGGACAGGUUUAUCAUUUUUUAAACAGUUUGUCACAGCCUGAUCAUAAGCCUUGUGGGAUCCAUCUCUACUUUUUUUAUACCGAUGAAGAAUUGAUCAAGCAAGUCGCUGCUUCUGAUAAGCUACGUCAGAGCACUUUAAAGCUUCUGAUGGACAUACUUUCUCAUAAUCCUUAUGCUAGAUUCUUUAAGGAUCUAAGGGAUAUUCCAGAUCUUGAAAAGCAUAAUAUUGUGCUUAACUGUUUUCCUGGCCUUGACCAGCGUAUCUAUAAUCUUCCUUCUACUUCUCAAGUUGCCGCUAUAUGGACUGAACAUGAUGAUGAAUCAGUCGAUAAGCAAGCGCAUAUUCUCAUUUAUAGCCACUCAAAUGCUGCUCACAAGGUCCAGCAUUAUUAUGCUUGUUAUGACCCUUUGCAGUAUCCUCUCUUAUUUUCUCGUGGUGAAUCUGGAUGGCACCACGGAAUUAAACGAGCCUGUAAAAGAAAGCGAACUGAUCAUUCCUAUGAUGAAAAGGUUAUCAUUGAUCCCUCUUCUGUACAGGAACCAUCCCAACUUAUGGAUUUAGAAGAGAGGCAACAUUUUUCAUUUCCUAUAGCUGCUGACCAUGGAAAGAAGGACGAACAUACUGUAUCAGCUAGAGAGUAUUACUGCUAUAGGUUCCAGAUAAGGAAAAAUGAUGAAUCCAUGCUAUUGCAUACUCUUAGAUUGCUACAGCAAUUUUCUGUUGAUUCCUAUGUAAAAAUUGAAACGUCUCGACUGGAUUUUCAGCACAAGAGGCAAAAUGACAUUCGGACAGAAAUCCUUGCAGGAGUACUGGAUAGUGUCUCCAUUGGUCAGAGUGAAGGCUCAAAAGUUGGUCGGAAGAUGAUAUUACCGGCUUCUUUUAUCGGUGGGCCAAGAGAUAUGAGGCGGAGAUAUCUUGAUGCAAUGUCAUUAGUACAAAAAUAUGGAAAGUCGGAUAUUUUCCUCACCAUGACAUGUAAUCCAAUGUGGAAAGAAAUUCAGGAUAAUCUGCAAUUUAAAGAAAAACCUCAGGAUAGGCCAGAUCUUUUGUCUAGAGUAUUCAGGGCAAAAUUUGAAAUGCUCAAGGCUAAACUUUUAGACAGAAAAAUUUUUGGAGAGGUCGCUGCAUGCGUUUACGUUAUUGAAUUCCAGAAACGUGGCUUUCCUCAUACUCACUUGUUAUUAAUCUUGAGACCACAAUUCAAGCUGCUUAAUCCUAAAUCAUACGAUAGAAUAGUUUCUGCUGAGCUCCCUGAUCCUAAGCAGUUCCCUCAUUUGUAUUAUUUUGUUCUUAAACACAUGGUUCAUGGACCUUGCGGGGACAUGGGCAGGAAUAGCCCUUGUAUGAAAAAUGGUAGCUGUAAAAAUCAUUAUCCAAAAAACUUCUAUGAACACACAACUCAUGCUGAAGACAGCUAUCCAUACUAUAUGAGAAGGGAUAAUGGCAGAAAGAUAACUGUCUGCAGGUUUGAACUUGACAAUAGAUGGAUUAUUCCUUAUAAUCCUUAUCUUUUAGCCUUGUUUGAUUGCCACAUGAAUGUAGAAAUCUGUUCUACUUUGAAGCUGGUUAAAUAUUUAUACAAGUACGUCUUUAAAGGACAUGAUCUUAUCAGUUUCAAAAUUAUAUCUGAUGAUUCCCGUGCUGAUGUCGAUGAAAUUAAAGAAUUCCAGCAGGGAAGAUGGAUUUCACCUCCUGAGGCUUUUUGGCGCAUCUUUGAAUUUAGGCUAAAUGAGAUGACUCCAGCUGUCUAUACUCUCCAAGUUCACCUGCCUGGGCAGCAGCUUAUCACUUUCAACAAAAAUUCAGACCUUUUACAGCCACUGAGGAAAAUUGACUUCUCAAAGACCAUGUUAACCGAGUUCUUCAAGAUGAACAAAACGAAUGCAAAGGCUGAAACGUUGAAGUGCUUUUAUAGAGAAUUUCCAGAACAUUUUGUUUGGUCUUUUAAAUUUAAAGCUUGGACUGAGAGAAAGCGUAAAAAAGCCAUUGGAAGGCUGGUCACGGUCAGCCCUCGUGAAGGAGAGAGAUAUUACCUUAGACUCCUACUAACUCAUGUUCGAGCACCUACGUCAUUUGAUGACCUGUUAACUAUUAAUGGCCAAAAAAUGAAUUGCUUUAGAGAUGCUGCUUUGGCCCUUGGACUUUUACAGUCUGAUACAUAUAUACAAGAGACUCUUGAAGAAGCAGUUGUUUUCCAAAUGCCAUCCUCUUUGAGACUGUUAUUUGAUACUACUCUUGUUCAUUGUGCUCCAGCAGAUCCUCAGUUUCUUUGGGACAAAUUUCAGCUAAAUCUCUCUGCAGAUUACCAGCGAUCCCAACAUCUUUGUUUUUAUACGGCUGAAGAAAUCAGAAAUAAGGUCCUACAGGAAAUUAAAAAAAUGGUCAAACAAAUGGGUAAAAGCUUUGCUGACUACCACUUAGCUGCACACACUUCAGCAGAUGUUCACUCUGAUCAGCUAACAAAGGAAAUCGAAUGUGAGAGGAGUAUUGAAGUUCUGGCAGAGGAUCUUCUAAUGCCUUUUAGAUUGAAUGUUGAACAACGGCAUGCCUAUGAUUUAAUUCUCCAGUUAGUUUUCUCUCAUGUUGGCCAAAGUUUUUUUAUUGAUGGCCCUGGAGGAACUGGAAAGACCUUCCUAUAUAGGUCACUUCUAGCUACUUUGAGAUCCCAAGGCCACAUUGCCAUUGCGGUUGCAACGUCAGGUGUCGCAGCCUCUAUUCUUCCAGGAGGAAGAACAGCCCACUCUAGAUUUAACAUACCAUUAGAUUUUUCUAGAAAUAAAACCUGCCAAAUUAGUAAACAGGGCAGUGUUGCAAGAUUACUUUUUCAAUCAAGGUUAAUCUUGUGGGACGAGGCUUCAAUGGGCAAACGAGAAACUGUUGAAGCCUUUGAUGGUUUGCUUGGAGAUAUAAUGGACUGUGACGUUCCAUUUGGAGGAAAAAUGGUUGUUUUCUGUGGCAAUUUUCGUCAAACUUUGCCAGUUAUCAGACAAGCUACAAAACAGGUUCUUAUAGAAUCUAGUCUUCCUAGCUCUCAUUUGUGGUCUUCCAUGCAAAAGCUCCAGCUAGUACAAAAUAUGCGAGCCAUCUUAGAUCCAACAUUCUCAGAAUUCCUAUUGAGAAUAGGAGAAGGAAGAGAAGCUGUUGAUAGUCAUGGUGAAAUAAAUUUACCUUCUGAGAUAGUCAUUCCUUAUACCGAAAAAGAAGAAUCUUUGAACAGCUCAAUAGAUGUCUAUGUCAGUUCUGAUAGAACCAUUGAUCCACGCCAUCAAGGAGACUAUGAAGAUUUCUUGAAUUCUCAAAAUCCAAAAGGCCUUCCUCCUCACAAGCUGCUGCUCAAAGAAAAUUGUCCAAUCAUACUUAUAAGAAACCUGAAUCCUACAGAAGGAUUGUGCAAUGGUACACGACUCAUUUGUAUAGAGCUGAGGCAGAAUACUAUCUGUGUAGAGAUUGCUUUUGGUCAGCAUCAAGGAAAAAGAAUUUUCCUCCCUAAAAUUCCUUUACAAGUGUCUGAUGAUGACAAGAAUGGCCUGUCAUUUAUAAGAACACAAUUUCUUGUCCGUGGAUCAAAAGUUGAAGGCAUUAUUUUCAACCAUGACAUUGCUACGGUCGGACCAAUCUUGCAGGUCUACAGAAAAUACAGAAUAACGAAUGCUGUGGUUAGACCAAUUCACCCAAAAUAUCAAACAGCUGAACUGAUAAUACAAUGGAUGCUCACUAGUAAAACUGUCAUUGAAGAGGAUGCUGAUGACAAAGAUAUAAUGCCUGUCAAAUUUAACUGCACUCAAUUCACAGACUUGGCACAGUACAUGGAUCAUAAGGAUAAAUCUGUGGGAGUUGCACUGUCGACAUGGUUUGAUUCGGCGAUCCUUGUUGACCCUCCUGUACAGGAAGCAAGAGAAUUAAAGAACUCGUGUCGCUUUGAUAUGGAUUUAUGUGAUCAUACUGGUGCCAUCAUAGCUUCUGUCUUUGGAGAACAAGCAGAAAAGCUGCUAACCUUCACUACUUUUGAAAUAAUGGACCAUUUUAAGCAGAACAUUGAACUUCCUCUCGAGGCUGUCCAUAAGGAGCUGGAGUCAAAGUGGUUUCUGGUGCACAUAAAACCAGUGCAAACUCAAAUGGCUGAUGCAAAGCAGCGUUAUACAAUUAUCUACUACUCUGAGGUUCUCAAUACUAAUGCUGUUCAAUCGCCGAGUCAAGGAAAAAUUGAUACUUUAUUAAUCGAUCUCUAG